AUGGGAGCGUACAAAUAUAUGCAGGAGCUAUGGCGCAAGAAGCAGUCCGACGUGAUGCGCUUCCUCUUGCGCGUCCGUUGCUGGCAGUACCGUCAGCUCUCUGGUCUCCACCGUGCGCCUAGACCCACCAGACCCGACAAGGCCCGCAGACUAGGGUACAAGUGCAAACAAGGUGGGUGUCUGUUUCAUUCAAAUCGUAGAAUGCAGACUGAAUCUUCUUGGGUAAUGUUAUAGACUCAUGUAACUUUGCAGUACUGGUAAUCUGUUGCAUGCUUAUGCUUCAUAGUUGAUCGUUUCUCACUCAUGUCACCUUUGAUCCUCAAGUUUGCCACAUGAGGCAGGGUGUAGGAUGUUGUCUGAUGCAUUGGUGUGAUAAGUUAAAGAUGUAAUAUGUUGUAGCCCUAUUGCUGUGAUUAGGCAGUAAUGGUAUUCUGAUCGCCUGUUUGUGCUUUCGUUAAUACCUGCGAGUCACUUAUCCGUUUAAGUGUUGAUUCACAUGAAAGGUGGACCAAGUGGUUGUGCCAUUAAUGUCCUCUUUUAUUAUUUGACAUGUUGCUGAUCUCAUAUGACAGGCUGUUAUUUACUAUGUCCUUUAUUUGACAUGUCAUUGAUAUCUUCCUGACUUCUCUCCAUAUAACAGGCUACGUCAUCUACCGUGUCCGCGUUCGCCGUGGAGGCCGCAAGCGCCCCGUGCCCAAGGGUGCCACCUACGGCAAGCCCGUCCACCAUGGUGUCAACCAGAUCAAGUUCGCCCGCAGCCUCCAGUCCACUGCUGAGGUAAGUGCUCCUGUACAGGUGCAUCUCCCAAGUUGUGGUCUGAUUCUCUUCCCUUCUCUCUAAAUGUUGUACUUGCUCACUUUUUUUCUAGGACUUGAAAAGCAUAGGAUUGGCGUUAACUUGGGCUAGAGUUUUUAUUUUAUACAACAUUUUACUUCGGUCAGUAUUUAUUUUAAAUCCAUGAGGGGUAGUGAAUGAUUGCACACUUCAGGGAGAAGUUACUAUGAACUGCACAAGGAUGUCACUGAUCUGACUUAAUUUGGCAAAUGGAUGCUCGAUUCCGAAUCUAACAUUGCCACACUUCUAGGCACUUGUGCAGAUAUGAACACAUUGGAUAGGUACAAGUAAUUUAAUAUUGGCCCCAUUGUCCUCUGAUAGGCAUGUUGGAAUUUGCCAUUUUGCUUACUGUGGUGCUCUUUUCUGAAACGAGGCUCACAUUUCAAAUUGCACCCCUUUCAUCAACACCGUUAAUGCAUCCUCAAUGUGGUUAAUGAUGCUCAACUUUUUUCCCCAGCUUAUCGACUAUGGUGAAACCUGUCUGAAAUAAGCCAAUUUGUCUGAAACCACAGAGAAAAUAAUGCAUUGUUUACAAAAGUAUCUUGGUUGUAUUUAAAACGGUAUUGUAUUGAAAACUAAGUGAAUGGUAUUCUCUUCACAUUGGACUUGGUGAUUACUUUAAUGUCAAGUCUAAUCCAUAUGUGUUUGCCUCACUCUCAAAUGAAUGUGACAUGGUGCAAUGAUUUCCUCAUUUCAGAUCUUUCCCAUACAUUUGAGAUUUAAGCAUACAGCUAGAAUUGCUCAACAGAUGGUGUGUAAUGUGGAUGAGGUAGAGGUAGACGAAAUUGAAGGUGGCGUAACUGGGGAUAAAAACCUUGCCGCAGGGGGCCAUGCACAGUCUGGGGUCUGCAGUGCGAUCACUAGACCAGCCCCCGGCAUAAUGUUCUAUCCGUUAUGAAAUGUUGAGUGGUUUGACCUGCAUUUGUGGUUGUGUGGAACACCUCUGCAUAUCAGUGAUUUACAUUUAUACCUAAGUUUCUGGAUGUGACUUGUCUGACCUGUUUGGUCUUCGGUCUCCCCAACAGGAGCGUGCUGGCCGUCACUGUGGAGGCCUGAGGGUGCUAGCCUCCUACUGGGUAGGAGAGGACUCCACCUACAAGUUCUUCGAGGUGAUCCUGAUCGACACCUUCCACAAGGCUAUCAGACGCAACCCUGACACCCAAUGGAUCACCAGGCCCGUGCACAAGCACAGGGAGAUGCGUGGCCUGACAUCCGCGGGCAAGAAGAGCCGCGGCCUGGGCAAGGGCCACAAGUUCCACCUGACCAUGGGUGGUUCCCGCCGGGCAGCCUGGAAGAGACGCAAUACCCUGCAGCUGCACCGCUACCGCUAGAGGGUGUCUGUACAUUUAAAGAAAUAAACACAUGCCUUUUUAUGGUGACA